AUGACAGCUCGCGACUCGCCCGCGAACGCCGCCCCCGCGAACACCAACAUUGUCCCCACUUACAAACUCAACCAGCCCGUGCUGAUCCAGUUCCGCGCCGACAUCUGGAUCCCCGGUGUCGUCACGCAGCACUUCUACAACCAGCACUACGCCUGCCUCGCUACCGAGGUCGAGUACUCCGCCGCGGACGGCUCGCGCAUCCGCAGCGGCUUCCUCGAACGCGAUAUCCGCCCGGCCACUUGA